AUGGGUUUGCCCGAGGCUGAAAUUCAGAAAUGCAACUAUGCAAAGGACGACCUAGAUGCAUGCACUGCAGCCUCCACAGGAUGCAUACGAGCGGUGGUACAAUCCACUGAGUUCAAGAACUUCAUACAAGCCGCUGCGGAGAAAGUGCCAUUCGAUAUUGCGCCGAUCCUGAAAAACGUGACGUUGACGUGCACAUCUGCUAGAUUGAAACACCAAGCGGAAAAGCAAGCACAUUUGAAUGCGGCGAUUAAAGUAGCGACGCAAGCUGUUCAACGUAAUUUUGUCAAUAAAAGGAAGAACGAAUUCCACCAGAUGGCUGAUCCUCAAAGUUACAAGCGAGCACGAGCAAAUGCCGAUGGUACAAGCGAUACGCCACAUCAGCCAACUUUGACAAAUGGCAAUGACCUAACACCGUCAGACUCUCCAUGCCCAGGAGAUAAAGAUGCUCUUUCAUCAAAUUCAACCUCACACUCGGACAGUACGAGUGUCAGCUCUGACCAAGUCAACCCCCAAGAAGAUGAUUCCAAUCAUUCACAGGGUGGAGCCGACGAUCAAAUUGACGAAGUUGAUGAUCAAGAAGAUGAUACCAAUCGCCAAGAGACUGAGGCUUACCAUCAGGACGAUAAAUUCGAUCACCAAGAAGACGAAGUUGAUGAUCGAGAAGAUGGAGUCGGUGCGGGGGCGGACAGUCAGGAUAAACCACCAUCUUCUUCUGCUACAUCUUUGCUUCAAUCUACGCAAACGACUGUACAGCCACCUUUAUUACCAAAAAUAGAUAUCUCGGAUCCUGGGCGGUGUGAGACCGGGAUUUUGCGACAAGACACGAAUUUCCAGAACGCUAUAACCAAAGCAUGGAGGAAAACGCCAGUCAAUCAACCUCUUACGUACACCCGAGCUAUCAAGGUUUUAGACCAGUUUGCAAAACUAUGGUUACAGCGCAAGGGCGCAAAGCUAUACGAAUAUCUAGCCGAUAGGAAAGAAUCCAAAGGACAAGCAGAUUUUGAUCUGCCCUCGACUUGGGAUAUGGAUGACCCGAUUGAUCUACUAAAGGCCAUCGACAUCAUCAGAGGCACAGGCUUCCACUACAAGAUACACAAAGCGUUCGCUCAAAUGACGCUGGCGCGGCUAGUAGAAAAAGAAAGCGAAGAUUAUUGCGAUAUCCGCCAUCCCUCUAGCAGACACAACAUGAAAUUGGCACCACACCUUUGUGUGCUAGAAAAUAUUGCGGUACAGGAAAGCCCGCAUAUGUCAGAAACGGGGCUGAAGGCAAAGGAAGGAGAGCUGAAAAACGCUUACCGACAAGGCAAGCGCUGGUUAGAGGUUUGUGAGGAAUUUGGAGGAUCUGGAGCCGUCCUCGUAUUUGUUACUGUUAAGAUCUCUCCAUCGACCAUUGUCAAGGAUUUUCGGGAUUCACAAUUUGAUUUCUUCUUGCAUCUCGCGGAAAAGCUUCCUACGAUCACAUCAUUGAUCAAAAGCUUAGGAGAAAAUGCAUUGGAGCAGUACUGCCGCUUCGGAAACCUUCCUCAAGAAAUUAGAGCCGCUCUUCAAAGGACAGAGAAUACGCUUGUCAUUGUCAAGUGA